AUGGCAGACCCUGUAGAACUGCAAAAGCAGGAAUUCAAGAAAUACCUCGAAGACCACGGCGUGUUGCAACAACUCUCCCGUGUUCUUGUCGGGCUGUACGAGGAACCCGACCGACCUCCCAAUGCACUCGACUUUAUCAAAAAGUACCUCGGCGCUCCGACUGUCGAGUUGCUUUCUGUUUUUGUUCUCUCGCCAGGAGCAGAUAUCGACGCCCUGCGCUCCGAGAUCGAUAGCCUGAAAAAAGAGAAUGGACGCCUCAAAGCCAGAGUGGAACAACUGCAGCAAGAGAUCGAUACGCUGCAACAAGAUCUCGAAGCCUGA